CACUUACACCUUGCCGCUCCAUUCGUUAUUCUCCCUUCAGCCAACUGUGAUGGCUACUUCGAAAAUCCACUAUUCCUUGCUCGGCUCAAAAAAGAGCGAAGGAUCCAAGUGAAACAUCGUUUUUCUGUUGAUUUGGAUAACCACGUUCUCCUGAAAGACGGAAAACCAUUUCAAUAUGUAUCGGGAAGCCUUCAUUACUUUAGGAUCCCAAGCAUUUAUUGGCUUGAUAGACUUUUGAAAGCAAAAUCAGCUGGACUUGACGCCAUUCAAAUGUUUGUCAGUUUUACUUGA